CGGGCACACUGAGCUACACGUGCAUUGAUGUGGUUGAAUUUUAGUUGGACAUCAUUCGCAAAAAGUGAUAAAAAACGAAUAAAUUGAGUGACAUUCCCAUCGCCAAACAGUGCCAAAGCACUGAAGAUUAUCAGAACAUCGAUUCCAAGACAAGACAACCAUGAAUUUCGACGACGAGGAUCGAUUGGAACUGCAGUUUCUAGCAGGCGGCAACAUCGUGGAACAUGCGCCCGUCUUCUCGCCUGAUGGAAGAUUUAUGUUCGUACGAUGUCUGACAAAGGUUCAGGUAUAUGCCACCAGUACGGGUGAACUUACAAGAGUCUUGGAUGAUGCCACGGCUCCCUUGAUCAGUUUGGAAUUGGAACUAAAGCAUCCAGAUCAACUCAUAGGAUGUACUAGUACUGGAGAGUUAGUUCGUUGGAACUGGAGAGCUGGUGUGCUAAAGAAAACCGUACCUUUGAAACUGGGCCCGGGGGAAACCACUGUUUUAACCUGCCACCUGAUGAAUCUGUAUAAAGGAAGUGACACAGCCUGCGCCUUUGUUACAACUAAAAGGAAAAGUGGCGAACAGGUCAACUGGUUCGUGGUCAACACGACCACGGGCGAAAAGAUUCAAAUCAACUGCGGACUCAAGCUCAAAGUUCGUGUUCCUAUCGUGGACGUGGGAAAAGGUCAGUUUAAAUACAUUGUACUGGCACAAGGCUUCUACAUUUACUUCGUGAAUUAUGUGACCUGGAAAUUCUGCCGCUACAAGAGCGCCAAACAACAUAAUAUCACUUGUGUGCGGAUGAGUCCCUGCGAAAUGGUUGCAGCAACCGCUGAUUCCGAAGGCCAGAUAUUCAUAUGGAGGGAUUUUGAAAAGCAAGAAACGAUGACCAACACGCUGUUUCAUUGGCAUAACACGGAGGUGACCAGUCUUGCGUUUUCGCCAUCGGGUGUAUCCAUCUAUAGCGGUGGGCAUGAAUGCGUUCUAGUGAAAUGGUCCUUGGCCGCGCCAGAGAAACGCAAAUAUUUGCCUAGAAUGUCCAGUGUUAUUCGACACAUUGUGGUCAGCAAUGACAACGAGGAUGUUCUGGUUUGUACCGAGGACAAUGCCAUCCAGCUAGUGAGUGGCAGUAGUAGCGUGAUCAAAUCAACCGUCCAGCACUUUACCUACGAGACCAAAGGUAACACGGGACAAAGCAAGUUUCCUUUAGGGUUACGUCUGAAUCCAAGGACAAAUUCGUUGGUGCUGAAUGGCAGAUCAGGACACUUGCAGUUUUAUUCGGCUUACACAAAGAGCAUGUUGUAUAAUCUUCGCGUGGUGGACAAUAAUGUGUUCAGUGAGGUGGCAAACCAUAUUAUCUACAAUUGGCGUAUAACCCGAGCAGCCUUUAAUAUCAAUUGGAUGGCCACCGGAGAGGUGUACAAUGACUUGGAGAACUUUGCCGAAGUUCGUUUAAAAUUUUGGCAGUAUAAUGAAAAGCUACAGAGUUAUAUUCUAAAUACGGAGAUCAACCUGCCUCACGAACAAGGUUUUAAGGCGAUAACCUUCUCCAACCAGUUCCAGGUGGACAAUUUGCGGUGUGCCACCGCUGGCGAAGACAACGUAAUCAAAGUGUGGGGCAUUACCGACUCCGAAAACAUAUAUAAGCGUGGUUCAAUGUGGAGUUGCUUGGCGCAGACAAGCUACAGGAAUUUGCCCGUUGGCUCCAUUUCCUUCUCACAGGAUGGUUCUUUAUUGGCCGUGGGCUAUGGCAACAUUUUAGCUCUGUAUGAUGCCAGGAAUCCGCGACUGCCUCUUCAGACUUUGAGCUGUCCUCCUGGCUUAGAUGGAGUUAUAUCCAAAGCACAAUUGAGGUUGGCCCAGAAGCCAUUGAAUGGCGCUAGGAAAGAACUUACCCAGCAAAGGCAGCAAUUGUGGGCUCUGUUAAAUACCUUGUUAAAUAGCAAUGAUGAUAAAUUAAUCCAGCAGGCCAAAGAUUUGAUAGCGGGUCCUCCAGCCAACGCUAAACUCGUAAAUCAACCGGAAAAUGAAAGAAAGGAAACGGUAUUUAAGUACAUCAUGAAAAUGUCUGAACUUGGUCUGCAUCAGAAAUUACAACUGCUUCGGCGUUUCGGAAUCGUAUGCACCGUUCCGCAAACCCAUCGGAAUCGCUUAAUGGAGCUUCUCCAGCGAAGGACAGUGGUUCCACAUGAGACGAGAUUGAGGCUUCGCAAAUUGGAUGGCCGACUGCAUCGCCUGCAUACGCGACAUAGAAACAAAGCCAAACAGCGGCUUAAUCUUGUAAACAAAAGAAGACAGAACUUUGAGAAUUAUGUUCCGCAGGAUGUUAUGUCUCUGUUCAGUGUCCUGAGUCUGGAUGAAAACAGUAAACCGAAAAAGGAUGGGAAUAACAAAUCAAAACAAAAUAAUAACAGUAAAGGAACCCAGAAGGCAAAGAAAAUUCCCGCAAUGGCGGCUCCUCUGCAGGGAUUGGCGCAGAUUUCACAUGUGCAAUUUGGAGCCGGGGAUCAGGCUCACCUGGUGGCAGUCUGCACGGAAUCGAGGGUGCUCAUUUGGAAUUUGCUAACGCUGCGACUGCAGGCGGGUUUAAAAUUAUCCGUCCGUCAGCUGGCCUUUGAUCCGCUGACCAACCUAAUGGCUGUCAUCACGAAAAAUGAUGAAUUGCAUGUGUUCCAACCGAAUGUUCCACUGCCUCUUUAUCAGCGCAGUAAUCUGCCUAAGACCCAUGGUUUAGCGUGGUUGCCCAGGAGACAGCCCAAACAGAGCUCUAUCAAUGUGGAUUGGCAGGCGCAGUCUACACUGCUGAUGCUGACCCACUCGCAAGAGAUUGCAUACCUGUCGCUACCGGGUCAGAGUCCAUCAGAUGAUGCUCCCGCGCCGAUCACUUUUGCCCAGCCUGCUGUCAAGGAAAAUCUGCUAAGGCACGCGACAUUCGGCAUUCAUGUGAACAAGCAGAAGAUUUCCACGGAAUCCCUUGAGAAGAGUGGGCCACUGAUUGUGGGACGAGGACAACACAGUGCUGUCAAUGCGUUUGUCAAUCUUUCUGCCCACACGAUGCCUGCCAUGAGCCUGAUUUGUGGCGAAUUCGUCAAAUCACUGCUGGUUUCGGCGGAUACAACCUCGAGGCAUUCAUCGACAGUUGGAGGAGAUGCCUCUCUGACCAAUGGAGGGGCCGUCAAUGGCAAUGGUCUGUCGCAUGGUUACAGUGAUGAAGAGCUGGAGGAUGAAGAGCUAAAUGAAGUGGCGAAAAACACAUUGGAUACUCGGAAAACGCUGUUGGAGCACAGUGAAAAGCUGGAGGAACAGUCAACGGAGGGAGAAAUCGACCCGUUGACCUUGGAUCAUCGAUUAAAGACUAUCACGGCGGUGAAAACCAAACUGAGGUUAUGAAUGUAAACAAAUCUAUUAGUUGUUCUAAAAAAAAUAUACAUAUUUCUAUUUUUGUAUAAGACAGAAAGAUAAUACAAGUCCUAAUGCAA